GGAGACAGGACAUCACCGAAAGACGCAUAUUGAGUAUGUGGAUUAGGAGAGCACUCAUGGACUCCAAGGGAACUACUUGGCUGAAAAAAGAGAAGAAUGAAGUAUAUGCUGAACUAGGCUCCUUGGUUCAGUUACACACAUCUACCAUGAAAGUAAAAGAAGAAUUGGAUGAGCAAGUGAGCAAACAGUUUCUUCAAGAUCCACCAAGGAUUGUAAUGCCUAGUCUUCUUAUAAAGCAAGACCUAGAACUGAAACGGGAUUUAGAUGGCGUUGAGCAUGAUGUAAGUUUUCACAUCGGUGAUGCAUUGUGCAUGAAGUACUAUAUGAAUAUCAUGAAAUGCAUUGGGUGCAGUAAAUUCCAGUGAUCAUAAAUGAUGAAUCAUUAAAACCUAGGAUAUUAGCACUUCUCCAGAAUUUUUAUAGUAUUUCAAUUGACUGUAGGUAUAUUCUUCUCUUGUAUGUAAUGGUAUUUGAAUGAAACUUGUAGGAAACAUAAGUUUAUUAACUGUAACACAUCGUAAUUUUAUUGUACAUGUAAAUAAUAAAUGUCUCAAAUUCGUUCUUGGAACAAAUGUACCAAAGAAGA